UUGUAUAUUUAAAAUAUAUGUGAUAUUAUAUAUGUCACUUAUACCUCAAUAAAGCUGUUAAAAAUUAGAAACAGAUCAGAUAUUAUGAAGAAAGAGAAGCGUGCAACACCUGAGGGCAGGAAAUAUACCAAAAGGUGGUCCUAACUGGGCAGUGGGGGAUGUUUACCUUUGAUUAACAACUGAAGAGUUGAUUAAUAUGUUGGACUGAAUUGAUACUUUAUUUUCUAACUUAAAGUGACUUCAGGACAUUUUAUUAUCUAAGAGUGAUCAGAAAAAUAAUGGGAUUUUUGUGAGUUUUCAUCCUGGGAGGGGCGUGGCCCACUGGGCAGGCUGGAGCUGUGAGUUGCCUUGGUACCGCGCUGGGUGGACCAGCAGCGCACGGGCGAGUUGCUCUCAGUGUGCUCCCUUUGCCACGCACUUGACAGAUGCCACACGGGUGUCAUCCGUGGGACCCUCGCUGAGGCCUGGGCGUGUGCUCCAUUUUAUGAGAAGGGGUCGAGGCGGAAGACUCGGGGAGACUGGUCGGAGGCUAGUGAAGGGCCAGGAUGUGGCAUGCCAAAGCAUGCCCGCGUGGCAUACGGAUUAUUCGGAGCGAAAGGCAUUUGAGUUUCUGAAAUCCCUUGUCUGACUAAAAGCAGAGCCUCCCGGAAAGAACUCAAUUAUCAGGAGUCCCCUCCCAGAUGCAGUUCUAAUCUUGGCACCACACCCAGAAAGACAUUGUCCGGAGACUAUCAGAUCUCUGUCUCUUCUCCUACGGGCCCAUUUGUCUCUCAAAAAAAAGGUCACCUUAUCUUCUAUCAGUGCCUGUCUCCUCCCUCCUUUGCCCCUACUAAUUUAGUAUCUGGACUCCCACAUACUAACUGCCCCUUUAAGAUACCCCUCACUGAGUAGUCCCAUGUACAGGCCUGAUGUGUAUGUUAAGAAACCUCUGUUUGUUUUUCUCUUUUCCUGCAUGUCUGGGCUGGAGCCUGGAGUUCAGCUACACGGAGAUGCAGGUGGAGCCACGGCACAGGGCCAGUGUGCGAAGUCAUGGGAUUGAGAUUGCCAAGGGGCGAGGGUGCUGUCUGAACCUGGGGUCCCAGGCCUUUCCCACCGCAAGCGCAGUUUGCGCAGGGACGCUGUCAAAGGCCCUUCUGAAACACCACGGGAUGAAGUUCCCGAGAGUUUUCCCUGGAAUUAAAUGAACGCAGAACCUCAUCUGCUCUGAGUGUGGGGAUGAGUUCACUCUGCAGAGCCAGCUGGCCAUCCACAUGGAGGAGCACCGCCAGGAGCUGGCGGGGACCCGGCCGCAUAUUUGCAAGGCCUGCAAGAAAGAGUUUGAAACCUCGUCAGAGCUGAAGGAGCACAUGAAGACGCAUUAUAAAAUUAGGGUAUCGGGUACAAGGUCCUAUAAUCGGAACAUUGACAGAAGCGGAUUCACGUAUUCAUGUCCACACUGUGGAAAGACGUUUCAAAAGCCAAGUCAGUUAACACGACAUAUUAGGAUACACACAGGUGAAAGGCCAUUUAAAUGUAGCGAAUGUGGGAAAGCUUUUAACCAGAAGGGGGCGUUGCAGACGCAUAUGAUCAAGCAUACAGGUGAAAAACCCCAUGCCUGUGCCUUCUGUCCGGCUGCCUUCUCUCAGAAAGGGAAUCUGCAGUCGCACGUGCAGAGAGUUCAUUCGGAGGUCAAGAAUGGUCCUACUUAUAAUUGUACAGAAUGUAGUUGUGUAUUUAAAAGUUUAGGCAGCUUAAACACGCAUAUCAGCAAGAUGCAUAUGGGUGGGCCACAGAAUUCAGCAAGUUCUACAGAGACUGCUCAUGUUUUAACGGCCACACUCUUUCAGACUUUACCUCUUCAGCAGACAGAAGCCCAAGUCACGUCAGCCUCAAGUCAGAAUUCUCAGGCAGUGACCGACGUCAUCCAGCAGCUUCUGGAACUCUCGGAGCCGGUGGAGUCAAACCAGUGCCCUGCCCCCACACAGCAACUCAGCAUCACAGUGGGCAUCAACCAGGACAUUCUGCAGCAAGCCUUAGAAAACAGUGGGCUGUCUUCAAUUCCAGCUGCCGCACACCCUAACGACCCCAGCCAUGCCACGGCUUCUGGAACGCAGAUUCGGAAUCCAGAUGUUUCCAGUGUUUCAAAUGAGCAGACUGACCCUGCAGAUGCAGAGCAAGAGAAAGAACAGGAAAGCCCAGAGAAGUUGGAUAAGAAAGAAAAAAAAAUUAUAAAGAAGAAAUCACCAUUUCUACCUGGCUCUGUCCGGGAGGAGAACGGCGUGCGCUGGCACGUGUGCCCCUACUGCACCAAGGAGUUCCGCAAGCCCAGCGACCUGGUGCGCCACAUCCGCAUCCACACGCACGAGAAGCCCUUCAAGUGCCCGCAGUGUUUCCGCGCCUUCGCCGUCAAGAGCACGCUGACGGCGCACAUCAAGACGCACACGGGCAUCAAGGCGUUCAAGUGCCAGUACUGCAUGAAGAGCUUCUCCACGUCGGGCAGCCUCAAGGUGCACAUCCGCCUGCACACAGGAGUUAGACCUUUUGCAUGUCCUCACUGUGACAAGAAAUUUCGAACCUCAGGCCAUAGGAAGACUCACAUUGCUUCCCACUUUAAACACACGGAGUUAAGGAAGAUGAGGCACCAGCGUAAACCCACAAAGGUUCGUGUAGGCAAGACAAAUGUUCCAGUGCCUGAUAUUCCUUUGCAAGAGCCGAUUCUCAUAACUGACUUAGGUCUUAUCCAGCCCAUUCCAAGAAACCAGUUUUUCCAAAGUUAUUUUAAUAAUAAUUUUGUAAAUGAAGCAGAUAGACCGUACAAGUGUUUUUAUUGUCAUCGUGCAUAUAAAAAAUCCUGCCACCUUAAACAACACAUCAGGUCACAUACAGGUGAAAAACCUUUUAAAUGUUCUCAAUGUGGGAGAGGCUUUGUUUCUGCAGGAGUGCUCAAAGCACACGUCCGAACGCACACGGGACUAAAGUCUUACAAGUGUCUGAUCUGUAACGGAGCGUUCACUACCGGUGGUAGCUUAAGGCGACACAUGGGUAUACAUAAUGAUCUUCGUCCCUACAUGUGUCCCUAUUGCCAAAAAACAUUUAAGACCUCACUGAAUUGCAAAAAGCACAUGAAAACCCAUAGAUACGAACUUGCCCAGCAGCUCCAGCAGCAUCAGGACGCGGCCUCGAUAGACGAGAGCACCGUGGACCAGCAGAGCGUGCAGGUCUCCACUCAGAUGCAGGUGGAGAUUGAGAGCGGGGGGCUGCCCCAGCCCGCAGAGGUGGUCGCAGCCAACCCCGAGGCCAUGCUGGACCUGGAGCCGCAGCACGUGGUAGGCACGGAGGAGGCAGGGCUUGGUCAGCAGCUGACAGACCAGCCUCUGGACCCAGACGAAGAUGGGUUUGUGGCUGCGCAGGACCCUCUGCGGGGGCACGUGGAUCAGUUUGAAGAACAGACUCCCCAGCAGCCCUUCGAACCAGCAGGGCUGUCCCAAGAUUUUACAGUGACUGAUACGUACAAUCAACAGACGCAGUUUCCACCUGUUCAACAGCUGCAAGAUUCCAGCACACUUGAGUCUCAGGCCCUCUCCACGAGUUUCCACCAGCCAAACCUACUGCCGGUCCCUACCUCUGAUACGAUCAACGUGACAACUCGUUUGAUUCAAGAGUCAUCCCGAGAGGAACUUGACCUGCAGACGCAGCGUCCCCAGACCCUGGAGGACAGCGAGGAUCAAAGCAGGCGCUCGUACAGGUGUGACUACUGCAGCAAAGGCUUCAAGAAGUCCAGCCACCUGAAGCAGCACGUGCGGUCACACACGGGAGAGAAGCCCUACAAGUGCAAGCUCUGUGGGCGCGGCUUCGUCUCCUCCGGGGUCCUUAAGUCCCAUGAGAAGACACACACAGGGGUCAAGGCGUUCACCUGCAGCGUCUGCAACGCCUCCUUCACCACCAACGGCAGCCUCACGCGGCACAUGGCCACACACAUGAGCAUGAAGCCUUACAAGUGUCCGUUUUGUGAGGAGGGCUUUCGCACCACGGUUCACUGUAAAAAGCACAUGAAGAGACACCAGACAGUCCCCUCUGCUGUGUCGGCCACUGGAGAGACAGAAGGAGGAGACAUAUGUAUGGAGGAAGAGGAGGAAAAUUCUGACAGAAACGCAUCGAGGAAGUCUCGUCCUGAGGUCAUCACUUUCACAGAGGAAGAGACGGCCCAACUAGCCAAAAUUCGGCCCCAAGAAAGCGCUACGGUGUCUGAGAAGGUCCUGGUGCAGUCGGCGGCAGAGAAGGACCGCAUCAGCGAGAUGCGGGACAAGCAGGCGGAGCUGCAGGACGAGCCCAAGCAUGCCAACUGCUGCACCUACUGCCCCAAGAGCUUCAAGAAGCCCAGCGACCUGGUGAGGCACGUUCGAAUCCACACUGGAGAAAAGCCGUACAAAUGUGACGAGUGUGGGAAGAGUUUCACAGUCAAAUCCACGCUCGACUGCCACGUGAAGACUCACACAGGGCAGAAGCUCUUCAGCUGUCACGUCUGCAGCAACGCCUUCUCCACCAAGGGCAGCCUGAAAGUGCACAUGCGUUUGCACACGGGAGCCAAGCCUUUCAAGUGCCCACACUGUGAGCUGCGUUUCCGCACUUCCGGGCGGAGGAAGACGCACAUGCAGUUCCACUACAAACCAGACCCGAAGAAAGCCAGGAAGCCCGUGACUCGAAGCUCCCCCGAAGGGCUGCAGCCCGUGAACCUCCUCAGCCCCCCUGCCUCCGACCCCAGCGUGUUCAUCAUGAACAACUCCGUCUUGACCGGGCAGUUUGAUCAAAAUUUGCUGCAGCAGGGGCUGGUGGGCCAGGCCAUUCUCCCUGCCUCCGUGUCAGCGGGGGGUGACCUGACGGUGUCCCUGACGGAUGGGAGCCUGGCCACCCUGGAGGGCAUCCAGUUGCAGCUGGCCGCCAACCUGGUGGGGCCGAACGUUCAGAUCUCAGGAAUCGACGCCUCCAGCAUCAAUAACAUCACGUUGCAGAUCGACCCGAGCAUCCUGCAGCAGACGCUGCAGCAGGGCGGCGUGCUGGCGCAGCAGCUCACGGGCGAGUCCGGCGCAGCCCCGCAGAACAGCGCUCUCCAGACGCCCGACGGCACGGUCCCCGCCAGCGUGGUCAUUCAGCCCCUCUCAGGCCUGUCCCUACAGCCCGCGGUGACGUCUGCCAAUCUGACCAUAGGCCCUCUGUCCGAGCAGGAGUCCGUGCUGGCCACCAGCAGCAGUGGGACCCAAGACCUCACUCAAGUGAUGGCUCCGCAGGGUCUGGUGUCCCCCUCCAGCGGCCCCCACGAGAUCACCCUGACCAUCAACAACUCCAGCCUAAGCCAGGUCCUGGCUGCCGGACCCUCCGCCACGGCGUCCUCGGGGUCUCCGCAGGAGAUCACCCUGACUAUCUCUGAACUUAACACUACGAGUGGAGGCCUUCCUUCAACAACGCCGCUGUCUCCGUCCGCCAUCUCGACUCAGAACCUGGUCAUGUCUUCGUCAGGCGUGGGAGGAGAUGCCAGCGUCACGCUGACCCUGGCCGACACGCAGGGCAUGCUGUCCGGGGGCCUGGACACGGUCACACUGAACAUCACUUCUCAGGGCCAGCAGUUCCCAGCGUUGCUCGCAGACCCCCCUCUCUCGGGCCGAGGCGGAGCGGGCUCCCCACAAGUCAUCCUGGUGAGCCACACCCCGCAGUCACCAGCUGCUCCCUGUGAAGAAAUAGCCUACCAGGUAGCUGACAUCUCUGGGAACCUGGCCCAGGGCAGCCAGCCCGAGAAGGAGGGCCGGGGGCACCAGUGCUUGGAGUGUGAGCGAGCCUUCUCGUCAGCCGCGGUGCUCAUGCACCACAGCAAGGAGGUCCACGGCAAGGAGCGCAUCCACGGCUGCCACGUAUGCCGGAAGGCGUUCAAGCGCGCCACACACCUCAAGGAGCACAUGCAGACGCACCAAGCCGGCCCCUCUCUGAGCUCUCAGAAGCCGAGAGUGUUCAAGUGCGACACCUGUGAAAAGGCGUUUGCCAAGCCAAGCCAGCUGGAGCGCCACAGCCGCAUUCACACAGGCGAGCGGCCGUUCCACUGCACCCUUUGCGAGAAGGCCUUCAACCAAAAGAGCGCGCUGCAGGUGCACAUGAAGAAGCACACGGGAGAGAGGCCCUAUAAGUGCGACUACUGCGUCAUGGGAUUCACACAGAAGAGCAACAUGAAGCUGCACAUGAAACGGGCGCACAGCUACACGGGAGCUUUGCAGGAGUCUGCCGGCCACCCGGAGCAGGACGGCGAGGAGCUGAGCCGCACGCUGCACCUGGAGGAGGUGGUGCAGGAGGCGGCCGGCGAGUGGCAGACGCUCACCAACGUGUUCUGAUGCCGGCCGAGAGUGCGCCCUCAGCAGCACGUCUGACCUUACAGUUUGCGAAGAACAAAGCACUUGGAACUUCUGCUUCAGCUUCAAGUGUUAAAAAUGUUACCACAGUAGUUUUGUAGCUAUAGAAUUAUCUAAGGAAUCAUUGUCUUUCAGAGACUUAUAGGAAAAAAACUGGGAAAAAUGUAAACACGUUAUUCUCAUUUGUCUACAAAUCACUGAACUCAGGUACUACAAUAGGCAGUUUCAUCUUCUCCUCCACGGCCAGUGUAUCUAGUUAACAGACGUUAACUGGAUCUUACUAUCAUUGUAGUGUGAUUUCUUUGUAUUAGCAAAGACAGACAUUAACACGGAAAAGUAUGUAAGAUUCUGCUUCAUGCUUUCUGUUAUAAGAAGCAUAGCUUACAGAAUAAACAUAAGAGGUGCAUGAAGUUCAGAAAAAAAAGUCAUAACACAGGGAAGUGUUUUCCACAUUUUUCUCUGUGCAUUUUGAAAAUUAGUAGAAAUCGACUCUUUUUAGUCACCAUAAGUUAAUAUAACUAAUACCUUGAGAGAUGGCUGGACCAAUUCUCUCUCCUUUACAGAUAUCUAAUCGUUAAUUCCAAGAAUGCAGUAUCUGGGGGCGUCAACAUAGGGAAUCGUGUAAACCUGACUCACAGAUAAGGGUUACACUGUCCUCACAGGAUGGUGACAACCUACUGUAUGAAUGUGUGUUCAGGUCCCUGGGUUAGAUUAUUGCAGAAGCACAAGCCAUACAUUGCAAAUAGGAAAUAACAGAAUUGUCCCCUAGGAACAAGUAACUGUGGCCCUUUCCACCUCAGUAAAUGAGAAGCAUAUUUGUAGUUUAAGGAUAAGAAUCCAUAGCAACCCCAUGAUUUUCUCUUCAUGCACAAACAGAUGUAUUUUUUUAUUUCAGGGAAUUCUAUAAUAUCAUCAAUGGUGCCACAUUAAAUAUGUCCCAAACCAAAUCUCACCCAUGCUGGGGCAGAGUGCGUGCACGUCGUUCCUGCAGCAUUCCAAAGACGGAAGGUUCUUUACUUCAUGUUAAUUUUCCUUUGAAAUUAUUUAUAUGUUCUAUAUAUAAAUACAUAUGUACAUAGACAGAUAUAUGGGCCUCUGUGUGGCUGAACAGUAUAUUUUGUAAAUAUAAGCACUAGUCCCAAUUGCAGAAAGAGCAUCCGAGUUCCACCUCCUACAAGCACUUCAGAUCAGUAUUGUAUUCAUUUUAUUGGUAAAUGGAUAGCUUUUUCAUUGUAAUGUAAAGCUGGGUUUUAUUUUUUUCUCCUGAAAAAUAAUUGCCUUUAUUUUCUCUCAUUGCCUCCUUUGCUUCAGAAAAGAGUAGUUUUAUUAUAAAUAUUGUAUGGACUUUGUAUAUUAAGAGAGAAGCUCAUUUCAGAUUCCUAAAGAAACAGACAUUUCACUGUUAUUUUGAAAGGGCAUCUUUUGAUUUUUUUUUUUCGUUGUUCACUUUUGGCAUAUGUAUAUAAAUAAUAUUGAUGGUGAUAUGAAAACUUUUGUUAUGUGAAAAUAUUUAAGUCAGAAAACUGUUAAAUAAUAUUACUUUUUUUUCAAACUGCUUUGUGUAUUGUAUAUUUUUUUAAGAAAAAAAAGCCUUAUUUGACUUAUUCUUGUGAUACUGGACUUAUUAUAAAUCCUGAGGUUUCCUUGAAUGUCAGUGUGUAUACCUGGCUGUAGUCAGUAUAUUCAGAAUAAUUGUAAUUGUGCUGGAGUUUUAAAGUUUCUGCUUUUAAUGCACUUUUUCUUUUAUAAUUUUGUAUUAAAAUAUUUUAGAAAUGUUGAUUAAUUUUGGUGAACAAAUAUCCCCAAAGUUGAAAUUGUUGAAAUUUUAAAUUUUUGUUCUUGCUGGGUUAUUUAUUUUACUUUUAGCAUUAAAUGUCAUCUCAGGACAUCUUUAAAAAGGGGGUUGUUUAAUUCUUAAUUGUAUAGAAAGCAUAGUUUAGUGAAAUGUAUUGGUUAAUUGCCUAUUUAAGGCCUUAACAGGUGAAUCUAAAGCCUACUUUUAUUUUGGUUCAAGAAAAAAAAAUCUAUCAAUAAUUCCAUUUUGUGUCUUCUCUCAAUUUCUUAGCAGGCAAACACAAGACAUUUAUGUAUUAUUUUUAUUUACUCCCUAAUUAUAAAAGCUGCUUCUUUGCAAAAACAUUCCUUGAAAAUGUAAGGUUUUAAAAAGACAUAAUUUCACUUGAAUGUUUGUGGGAUACAGGUUGAUCUUUAUAUUGUACUGGUUGAUUAAAAAUUUUUCUUAGAAAAGAGAUUUCUAGCCUCAUCUAUAACCAGGGUUUUGAGGAUAGAGAACUGUAUUUUUAGAACUAUCUUAUCAUAGCGUCUCUGCUUUGGAAUAACUAAAUAGAAAAUGAAGUUAGGAAA